AGAGUCCCGCGGAACACCAGCGCUGCCGAGGCUGCGGGCGGGACGGCGCGCCUGGCGGCAAAGCGGGCGCACUGAAGGAAGGUCGGCCAGUCCUCCGCCCAGCUCGGCCCCGCUCGCUUUCUGCUCACGUCGGCGGACCUGCGGAGGGGAGGCUCGAACGCACCGAGCCAGCGCUCCGUGGAGCCCCGCCGCCCCGUCGAGGAGAGAGCGAGGUCCUGUUGGCUGCGCGCUCUGCAGGCGCCUGCUGUAUCGGGAGCGCGCCCACCGACCCCCAGCUGCCGGCUCGGAGCCCGACAAGCGCGCACCAUGAGCGGCGGCGAAGUGGUCUGCUCCGGGUGGCUCCGCAAGUCUCCCCCGGAGAAAAAGUUAAAGCGUUAUGCAUGGAAGAGGAGGUGGUUUGUGUUACGCAGUGGCCGUUUGACUGGAGAUCCAGAUGUCCUGGAGUAUUACAAAAAUGAUCAUGCCAAGAAGCCCAUCCGUAUCAUCGAUUUAAAUUUAUGUCAGCAAGUCGAUGCUGGAUUGACAUUUAACAAAAAGGAAUUUGAAAACAGCUUCAUUUUUGAUAUCAACACUAUUGACCGGAUUUUCUACUUGGUAGCAGACAGUGAGGAGGAGAUGAAUAAGUGGGUCCGCUGUAUUUGUGAUAUCUGUGGGUUUAAUCCUACAGAAGAAGAUCCCGUGAAGCCACCUGGCAGCUCCCUGCAAGCACCAGCUGAUUCACCUUUUGCUAUAAAUACGGCACCACCAUCUGCCCAGGUGGAUCCAUCCUCCACAGCUCUACCUCCUUCCUAUCAGCUAAUCAGCCUUCCACCACACCCGGAAACUCUUGGCACCCAGGAGGAUCCUCAAGACUACCUCUUGCUGAUCAACUGUCAAAGCAAGAAGCCUGAACCCACCAGAACCCACGCCGAUUCUGCAAAAUCCACCUCUUCUGAAACAGACUGCAAUGAUAACGUCCCUUCUCAUAAAAAUCCUACUUCCUCCCAGAGCAAACAUGGAGUGAAUGGCUUUUUUCAGCAACAAAUGAUGUAUGAUUCUCCACCGUCACGUGCUAUGUCUGUCUCUGUGGACUCCAGUCUUUACAACCUGCCCAGGAGUUACUCUCACGACGUUUUGCCAAAGGAGUCUCCAUCGAGUACUGAAGCAGAUGGAGAACUUUAUGUUUUUAACACCCCACUGGGGACGUCCAGUGUAGAGACUCAAAUGAGGCACGUUUCUAUUAGUUAUGACAUUCCUCCAACACCUGGUAAUACUUACCAGAUUCCACGGACAUUUCCAGAAGGAACCUUGGGACAGACAUCCAAGCUAGACAAUAUUCCAGAUAUCCCUCCACCUCGGCCACCGAAACCACAUCCAGCUCAUGACCGAUCUCCUGUGGAAACGUGCAACAUCCCACGCACGGCCUCAGACACCGACAGUAGUUACUGUGUCCCUACCACAGGGGUGCCGCCGUCACGUAGUAAUACCAUUUCCACCGUGGAUUUGAACAAAUUGCGAAAAGAUGCUAGUUCUCAAGACUGCUAUGAUAUUCCACGAACAUUUCCCAGCGAUAGAUCUAGUUCACUUGAAGGCUUCCAUAACCACUUCAAAAUCAAAAAUGUAUUGACAGUGGGAAGUGUUUCAAAUGAUGAACUGAACGAAAACUACGUCCCAAUGAAUCCCAACUCGCCUCCACGACAGCAUUCCAGCAGUUUCACAGAACCCAUUCAGGAAGCCAAUUACGUGCCAAUGACUCCGGGGACAUUUGAUUUUUCUUCAUUUGGAAUGCAAGUGCCUCCUCCUGCUCAUAUGGGCUUCAGGUCCAGCCCAAAGACCCCUCCCAGAAGGCCAGUUCCUGUUGCAGACUGUGAGCCACCCCCAGUGGAUAGGAACCUCAAGCCCGACAGAAAAGCCAAGCCUGCACCUUUAGAAAUAAAACCUUUGCCAGAAUGGGAAGAAUUACAAGCCCCAGUUAGAUCUCCCAUCACAAGGAGUUUUGCUCGAGACUCCUCUAGGUUUCCCUUGUCCCCACGGCCAGAUUCAGUGCACAGCACAACGUCAAGCAGUGACUCACAUGACAGCGAGGAGAAUUAUGUGCCCAUGAACCCCAACCUGUCCAGCGAAGAUCCAAAUCUUUUUGGCAGUAAUAGCCUUGAUGGAGGAAGCAGUCCUAUGAUCAAGCCCAAGGGAGACAAGCAGGUGGAGUACCUUGAUCUAGAUUUAGAUUCUGGGAAGUCCACACCACCGCGGAAGCAAAAGAGCAGUGGCUCAGGAAGCAGUGUGGCGGAUGAGAGAGUAGAUUAUGUCGUGGUUGACCAGCAGAAGACCCUGGCUCUCAAGAGUACCCGGGAGGCCUGGACGGAUGGAAGACAGUCCACAGAAUCAGAAACACCAACCAAGGGUGUGAAAUGAAUAUAUCACCUUGCCAUUUCUGAACAAAAGAGAACCGAAUGUAGAGAGAAAUCCUGUUUGAAAAUGACGUGACGCUUCUAUGCUAACUAGAUCCUCAAGUGAGCAGAGUUGAAGUCAAGGGACCCGUCACACAUAAUCAAGCAGUUGGGAUUGGAAAUGGUGCUUUGUGGUAUCUGAACAAUUUGUAACAUGUAAAUAAUGUGGAAAAAUAGUCUCAUUUAGCUCCCAGAGAAACAUUGGUCCCGUGGUUAACACAUUUGUAGUAUUACUGUAUUUAUGCACUUUUUCAUUUAAAACAUUGGUUUGGGUCUUCUCGAUGAACCUUAGUGGAAUUCCUUUGGGAGUUCUUGUUUUUUUCUCACACUACUCUCUAUAACAAUACUAAGUUAACUAAGCUACUUUUAGAUCUGGAAAUUGCUGUUGAAACUACAGUCUAACAACAUGAAAAUGAGAAGUAGGAUCCCAAAUUAGCUUUCUACCUGACAUUACAGGUGGUAACCAUUAGCUUGAACUACCAAGUCCUCCACUGCCUUUCAGUAUGCUGAGGAUAAUGUAUGUAUUGGUGUCAGGACCUAGUUCUCUGGUUCAUGUGCAUUUAGUUUUUAAUGGAGGGACUUUGUUGUAUUUUGUUAAUGACAGUGUUUUUGGUUCAUUGAGUGAAGAUUCUGCCGGGUGGGAUCUUGCACCUUUGAAAGACUGAAUAUAAAUUACACUAUCAAGUAACCCUGAAAAUCAUUGACAGCGUGCAGUGAUGACAUGCUCUUACGCUUGUUAACAUGUAUUGAGCAUUACUUGCAAAAGGUAGAUAAUAUAACUAAUCAGGUACGUACCGGGCACUGAAGUGCUAAUACACUGAUCAGGUUUAGACAAUGAGCUUUAGUUGUGUUGUUCUUCAUCCUAAAUAUUGGUUUCCAGUGUGGAGUUAAGGAAACAGUUGACAUUCACUGUUAGUAAUAGCAACAUACUGUGAUUCUUAAUUAGACAGUAAUUGAGAUUUAUAACUCUUAAGAAUGAAAUUCUAUCUUUUGACACCAUAGUGCCCUUUCUAUGAUUUUAUUUUACUUAAUAUUCUUCUUGGCCUUAUAUUUAAAUUCCUAUGCAAUUAAUGUUUUAUAUCUUCAUUUUAAAAAAAAAUAGAUGUUAUAUUAGUGAUUCUCAUGUAGCACCUGUUGUUUUUCCAGUAAAAGAAUUUAGGAUUUUGUACUGUGAUUUUCUUCACUGCCCCUGUUCGUGAAAUAUCAGAGCCUUGCUGUAAUGUGAAGUCUUCUACCCACGGACCCCUUCCAACCAGAUUUCCAAAACCACCAGAGGAAUGGCGUAAUUCUGUCUCACCUAUAACAUGGUCCUGUGUCACAGAUGUCAAGACCACAAACUGUAGUGAGACUACAGUUAUAUUCAUCUUUCUUGGCUUUGCAACACACUUUAGAAAGCAGAUAUAGUUGUUUGGGGUUCUUUUUUAUUACCUAAGUCACGGACAGUCUCUUAUGUAUUGAUUUCAGACUUACAGCUUUUGGGGGGUGCAUAGAAAUGGGGUGCCCACCACUGAGGCACAACCCACUCCAUUCAGACCUCUCACUGUUGCCUGAGUACACAGAUGUGCCCUGAUUUCUGGCCCUUUGGCCCUAGUACUGUGCCUGAUCCAUGUGCUGGGUUAACUUCCCCAGUCCACAAACUAUGUGCUAAUUACAAGAUGAAUUGUAGACUAGUAACAUGUGAUGCUUUUAAAUGUUUGCUUUAUUUUAAACAAAAACUAAAACCCAGAACUGAAUUUUGAGGUGGAUUUUUAAAUAAAAAAAGAUCUGUUUGAUUUUGGUGUGCAAGCUGUUUUAUAAUAAAACCACAAAAUAAAAAUCUAAAAUCAUUGAAAUGUGCCUAAACUGUCAAAACACACAACACAGUUGAUGUGUAAAGGUACACCAUUGACAUUUUACCUGGAGGAGGAACGUAUUUUGAAGUUUAAAACCCAGUAACAAAUAUGUGAUAAAUUCAGAAAUAAAAAUCUUUCCUUAAACCUGCCUAUCUGGAGGGUCCAAAGCCAUUAUGAAUGUUUUCAGUGUAGUUUCUCAACUUUUUUACAAGUUACUCACCAUUUUUGUAGAUCUACAACACUCUGUUUUUUAGAAUUCUUACCAUUAUGCUGAAGAAU